AUGGCCCAAGUGGCACGACGCAACUCUGUCCCAUUACUUGAGGUCGCCUAUUACGCUGCUGAGGAACUCACAAAUCGACUGAGUGUUGCUCGAGGAUUAUUAAGGAGACUCAGUCUAGAUUUACCAUAUUUAAACACAUCCAACCCCAUCACUGAAAAUGGUCCAUUGGUCAACUUACCUACUGAGAUACUCACCCACAUCUUCGUCCAUGUCGAACAUCCUCACCACUUGGUGUCGACGUGCACUCGCUUGCACGAGCUAUCCGAAACCCAAUUUGUAAAGACAUCUUGGUUUCUGCAUAACUUUCGCUUGGCUACUUUACCAGACAAGUUCAUGUACUCGCCACGGUCUCAUCCAGAUCAGCUAGUCUUCAAGCUAUCCAGUGAUCAUAGGUCCUUUCCGCUCAACAUGCUAGUGGAAGAUGUCGCUAUUGCCAUUAUAGAUAGACUAGAAGCUAAAUUGGAUGUAAAGAAGGGACGUAGAAGGUGCCACCCGAUCCUUAGAUUGAUAUGGCAUCUAGCUCUGCACAAUGGCGACUCAGAGGUCGCUCAAUAUCUUGCUCGACGGUCCUUUUUUAACAAUGACGCCGAGCUAGUCGACAUGUCACUCUGUGCACACGUGUUUGGAAACGCCUUACUGGGUAGAUGUCUUUUGGAAUUCACGACACCACACGGAUUACUCGCUCGAGCAGACAAUCUGGCUUUUUGCAAUGAUGGUGAUUUGAUCUCUUGGAUGCUGGAACGAUAUGCUCGUCAAGAGAACGCAUUCGCUGAUACUGCAUCGCUGCAACUCUUUUGGGCUCGAGUUGUGUACGCAGUAGGAGCCUUCGAUGUGUGUGUCAGUGUAGGAAUAGCAUAUGCUCGUGCGAUCCUUGAAUUCAUACCCUCGCCUGAAAAAGAGAGUAUGAAAGACCGCUUACUUGUGUAUGUUAGAGAGAAAGGCAGUAGAGAGAUGACUACAGCUAUCGAAGAAACAUUCUUCGCUCCUGACGCCAUCAUGUAG